AUGUUUAAAAUUUUAAAUCAGGGUAUACCACCACCAUGGAUAUUAAAUCAACAACGUCAAAUGAGACUUUAUGGAAUGUCAGGUCCCAUGGGAAUGAUGGGUUCACAAGGCAUGAUGGGUUCUCAAGGUAUGAUGGGUCCUCAAGGUAUAAUGGGUUCUCAAGGUAUGAUGGGUUCUCAAGGUAUGAUGGGUCCACCGGGAUCGAUGUAUGGAUAA